GAACGAAUCCAACCAGUCAGUAGAGACAUCUAUUGGAGAAUUCAAGAAAUACAAUCAUAUAAAGGGAAAUAACUUCUACACUACUUCAACCAAGCUCCAAUUAUGAAUUAAGGUGCUUAAUUACCGAUCACGACUCGCAGUUUGUAUCUGAACACGGAGAUAUUUCCAUUUAAAAGAAGAUUAUCUGCAGAGGAUACUGCAAGUCUGCUGUGUUAGGGUAGAGAGAUUUAUCAACCAAUUAAUGUCUUCAGAAUAAAACUAAAAUUUAACAAAGAAAAUGUUUCAGAAAGUGAGCAAACGUUACAAGUGUGGUAUUUGUGGUAAAUUACUUACUACAAUGUCUAAUUUAGUUAUUCACAGGCGCACUCAUACUGGGGAGAAGUCGUACAACUGUGAAGUAUGCAAGAAAGCAUUCUCUGUAAAAAGUUUAGUGAUACACAAACGCACGCACACAGGAGAGAAGCCAUUUCACUGUGAAAUAUGUGGAAAAUCAUUUUCUCAUAAAGGUUACUUAAAGAUUCACAAACGUGUUCACACUGGAGAGAAACCAUUUCAGUGUGAAAUCUGUGGAAAGUCCUUUUCUUAUAAAGGUUAUCUAAAGAUACACAAACGUGUUCACACUGGAGAGAAACCAUACAACUGUGAAAUCUGUGGCACAGCAUUUUCAAUAUUUAAGAGUUUACAAUAUCAUCAACUUAUUCACACUGGAGAAAAACCAUUUCACUGUGAAAUAUGUGGAAUAUCAUUUUCUGAUAAAGGUUACAUAAAGAUUCACAAACGUACUCACACUGGAGAGAAACCAUACCACUGUGAAAUAUGUGGAAAAUCAUUUUCUCAUAAAGGUUACAUAAAGAUACACAAACGUGUUCACACUGGAGAGAAACCAUAUCACUGUGAAAUCUGUGGCAAAGCAUUUUCUGUAUUUAGUAGUGUAAAAUAUCAUCAACUUUCUCACACUGGAGAAAAACAAUAUGAUUGUGAAAUCUGUGGCAAACUAUUUUCUCGACGUACUCAUUUAUCAACACAUAGACGUGUUCACACUGGGGAGGAGCCAUACAAGUGUGAUGACUGUGGGAAAGCUUUUAAGUAUGCGAGUAACUUUGAAAGACACAGAGGUGUGCAUUCAAAACCUUACCACUGUGAAAUCUGUGAUAAAACAUUUUCCGCAAAAGAGAUUUUAACAAUACACGAACGUGUUCACACUGGAGAGAGGCCAUAUGAUUGUGAAGUAUGUGGGAAAGGAUUUCCAAGUAGGGGUCACUUAAUAAGUCAUAAACGUACUCACAUGGAGGAAAAACAACACCACUGUGAAAUCUGUGGGAAAGCAUUCACUGUAAAAUAUGCUCUGACAUUACACAAACGUAUUCACACAGGAGAGAAACCAUAUCACUGUGAAGUUUGUGGAAAAGACUUUUCUGGUAGUUGUGGCUUAAAUAAACACAAACGUAUUCAUACUGGGGAAAAACCGCAUCACUGUGAAAUCUGUGGCAAAGCAUUUUCUGAAAGUUGUACUUUACAAAGACACAGACGUAUUCACACAGGAGAGACACCAUAUCACUGUUUAAUAUGUGGAAAAAGUUUUUCAUUUCAGACCAGCUUAAUGAUACAUAACCGUAUUCAUACCGGAGAAAAGCCACACUAAUGAGAAAUAUGCAGGAAAGCAUUUUCUGAAAAAUCUAUCAUGUUAAUUCAUAAAUGCUCUCAUACUGGAGAAAAACCAUAUCACUGUGAAGUUUGUGGCAAGGAAUUUUCCAAUAGUGGCAGCUUAAAAGGACAUAUACAUAUACACACUGGAGAGAAAUCACAUCACUGUGAAAUCUGUGGUAAAGCAUUUCCUAACUUGAGGUGUUUAAUAAGGCAUAAUCGUACUCAUACUGGGGAAUAACCAUACAGCUGUGUUAUUUGUGGGAAAUCAUUUCAUCACAGUGAUUAUAUAUCUACUCAUAAAUGUACUUUUAAUGAUGGAGAUAAACCUUACCACUGACUUUUGUAGGAAAGCAUAUUAUAAAACCAUUUUGUUGUGAUAUUUGUAUUAAAGAAUUUAUGUAUAUGAAUAUU